AUGCGAAACUGGGUGUCCAAUGACCGCCGCGUGCUUUCACACAUCAGUGCGACCGAACUUUUUUCUAAUAUGCGAGAUAUUGCUGUCAAUACUCUACCAACUGAAAGAACUUUAGGGUUGCAGUGGGAUACGAAUUCUGAUAUGCUCACGAUAAGCCUCAACAUACCUAUGAAACUGUCGACUCGUAGAGGCAUUCUGUCUUGUUUUUCUUCUCUUUAUAACCAUUUUGGUUUCGUUUCUCCUUGGCUGAUACCGGGAAACGGACUGAAAUGGGAUGAGCAAUUAUCCGUCAACGAGAGAUCUCGAUGGGAAAACUGGAUCUCAAACUUACGGAGUCAAAAAAUGCUUCAGCUGGCUCGAUGUCUUAAACCCAAAGGCAUCAGCGAUCUACUGCAGACCGAAUUACACGUGUUUUGCGAUGCGUCAGAAGUAGCAUAUAGCGUAGUUGCUUAUGCUCGUUUCAGUAACGAAACACAGAACUUACACUGUUCACUCAUUUGGAAUUCAAAAGAACGACAGUUCAUGUUCAUGUUUUUAAGUCAAUGUGACAGUUUGGAUAAACUGGUUAACCGUUUUUCAAGUUGGACCAGGUUACAAAGGACCGUGGUCUGGCUCCUGCGUUUCAUGCAGUACAUUAUAGUUUCUGCUGGCAAGGCGCCUCAAGAGACAUUGAUGAUGGGCCAUAUUCGAGUCACGGAGAUGCGUCAGGCUACCAAUGGUUUGAUAAAGUACGUACAGUGUCAGCGCUUUACUCAAGAAUUAACUAUUCUCCAAUCUACUCAAAUGGAUGCUGAUGGUAGAAGAAAAACCGUACGAUCCAGUGGUUUGAGGCGCUUGUGUCCCGAUCUAAUUAAUGGUACAAUGCGCGUGGGAGGUCGCUUGAACUACUCGAGUUACAAUGAGUCGUUUAAGCAUCCUAUGAUUCUUCCAAACUGUCAUCCUGGGACAGAUUUAAUAAUCAACUAUUUUCACGAACUAGAAGAGCACCGCGAAGUGGCACAAGUAUUGGGGGCUAUCCGUCAAAAUUUUUGGAUCGUGAAGGGAAGCGCUUCAGUUAAACGUGUUCUUGGUGCAUGUUUAUAA